CUUUUAAAAUUAGAUAUAUUGAUUUAACUAGUGUAAUAUAGGUUCAUUUUUUGCACUUUUUAAUUUACAUUUAUAUAGGUAGCAUGUUUUGUAGUUUAUUAUAUCUAUGAGGUAAAAAAAUAUAUGAGAGAAUACUUUAAAAAAUAUGUUGCCUAUUCAUUAACUGCUUUAUUUAUACCCUUUACUGAAUAUCAUUUACCCAUAAAGUAUCAACUUAUGAAAAAAUUGAAAAAUAAAUGAACACAGUUUUCCUAAGCAGUGCUGAAGAAACUAUCAUGGAGGUUUUACUAAUAAGUCUAUUUUAAUUGUUUUCCUAAGAAUUACAUUAUAAUGUAUAUAGUGAUACAGUGUGUUACCUAGGAAUUAAAUUAUGCUGUAUAUAGUGAUACAGUGUGUUGGAGUUCCAACUGUUGCCAGGCAACCUGGGCUCUGCUUUUUGUUUUUUCUGUGCUGGUUCCUUACUUCCUUUAGUGGAGAAAAAAUAUUUGCCUUAAAAAUAAAAAUAAAAAUUCUACUCUUUUGGCAUUGAGAAAGGAAAAUCAGUAAUCUUGUUAGUUUAACCAGUGUUCAGUGAUUAGAAAUAUAACAGUUUUUUCCUUAAAGAGAAAGGAGCCAUCAGAAACAAUUAAUAUACUGUCAUCCACAAGUUUAAAGUGAGAGGCCAUGGAUACAUAUUCACAGCUCAUACCUGGAAAGAUAAGUAUCUCUGAAGGAUCCUUCCUUUCAAGAACAAAGGCUGUUGAGAACAUAGAUUACCCCCACUACUGUGCUCUCUUAAGAAAGCUGAACAUGCCUUUUGUGAAAGGAGUUGAGGACAGACAUGACUAUGGCAGAAUGGAGAAGAAAUGCAACCCUACUUUUCUUAAAUUUCACCCUUAUCCCCCUUCGGUCCUGCCGGACUAUCAUUUACACUAUCCAUAUCCACCGCCAUAUGGACCAGAUUAUCCAUUAUUUCCACUUCGGGAUGACGUACCCUUACAUGACGCCUGUUCAGGGUUUUUGAGUCCUGGUGGCGAUGCUGACCUAAAGCCUGGUGUUGGCAGGACCAUACCGAGCCUAGUAGAUUUCAGUGAUGUGAAACCUCAACAUCGAGUUCCCAGGCCAGACACAGGAUUUCAGACGACAUUAAAAAGGAAAACCAUUUUAUUAGAAGAACUGAAACAGGACAGAAGAUGGAAUUCCAGGGCAGUACCAGACAUUUCCAUCAGAGCAAGACUUGGAGGUUGGACGAGCCCACUGAAAGUUACUCCUUCCCAACCGCAUCAUGGAGAACACUCAAUAAAUCACCCAUAUACGUUUGAUGAGGAAGCAACAUCUACAGAUAAUGGAGAACCACUUUUACAAUCAAACAAGAAAUAUAGUGCAAAAGACUCAUUUUACAAGUCCUCUACACAAAAAGCUUAUGAAAUGGUUCCUUGGGACAAGAUGCUACCACCAAAACUUGAUCCAGAAGAAACAACAGUGGAAAAAGCUGCUGACCCUGUUUCACAUUGUUUUAUACUGAAAAGAUAUGAAGGAUUGCCAGCAAUAACACAGAUGGUUGGUGGACUCUGGGACAGAUUUCAAACAAGAUCUUUCUUGGCACCAGUCAAGCCAGUUAAUUUAUUUCCAUUGUUUAGUCAACCUGUCUUGAUACCAAAUGGUCAGAGGAAGGGAGGUAUCCUUCAAUGCCUCGAAAUGUUUUUCUGCUUUUGUCAAAAUAUCUCCUUGCGUGUGAGUCCAAGUUCCAGAAGCAAAUACAUUCCUCACUACACUGGUUGCGUGCAGUCUACAAAUGCCGAUGACAUUGACAACCCCUGCGGAGACAUCACAUCUCUCGCCCAGCCUCGUAGCUCUGAAAUCCUUUAUACAAACUCAAGUCGCUCUGCAAAUAUUCCAGGAUACACUGGUAAGGUUCAUUUCACAGCCACCCAUCCAGCAAAUUCUGAUCGUCCAUCAACGACCCCCUCACCAGAUUCAGAAGUGCACCAUGUCUUAGGGAAAGGAAUGGCAGUUGACCUCUUCCGUCACCAGGGGCCGCUCUCCCGAAUGGUCACAACGGUGAUGCCCUACAAUCCCUUCAAUAAGAAGGAUAAGGAAACUAUGAGCUACUGAAAGGGGCAAGCCCUGGGUGACCCCCGAGCCUGGGAGAGGCGCUGGGUUUGGUGUGAUGGGGGGGCAACAGAAGCCAAAUAAAGGCACGUUCUCACUGUG